AUGGAAACUGAUGAAGAUCCCGCGGUAGCCAGUUUGGCGAUCAGUAAUAUUCUUGAUGAUGCCGGAUAUUCAGAAUUUUCUCUAAUGAAUAACCGACAUUGUUGUCAGCUGUAUAAUUUCUUUGCUGAUAUCCAAUAUACCACAUCAGGAAUGCCUGCUUUAGGUAUUAAAGGAAGACUCAUAGGGAGUAUGGGAGAAGGAACUCUGCUAUUUUCAAGUUACAAUUGUACUUCAUGUGAUAUUGACAUGAUGCUAGUUCUUUCAAAAUGUGAGGCAUAUGAAGAUAGUAAUAUUCAUGUUCCUGCAGAUCGCUGGCAAUUUCAUAUGGAACCUUGCAUAACCAAUCUUGGCUACGUCAAACUGAAAGUUCUUCAAGAAGGAACGGUAUUUACACUUCCAGUUUCAACCUCUAUAUCUACCUUUUUUGAAUACGAGGAAGAAACAAAUACUCACUAUUUAUCAAAUGCGAUUCCUGCCACUAUGAAUAACUUUGGAGGACCCAUUAAUAUGUUUGACAUGUACUUUCGAAGCAUGCAAAUAGAAAAUGCACUGAGAAAUCAGAUCGUAACAGGGCCAGCAUUGUCUCGUGUGACAAGUGGAAUGAACAAUCGAGGUACUUUUGUAAUGAAUAAGGUCGAUAAUGUGAUUUCUAUUUUUUGUCCUGUUUGGCCCUCGGUUGCGGAAGAAUGGAUUACACGAAAGCGUUCCUAUGGCUGGCCAUCUAAUGAUUUCAUAUCAAAACAUACAAAUUGUGGGUGCUACGUCGUCCCAGUCGGAUGUAAAGAAUGUGAUCGACAGUAUCUAGAUUGGAGACUGUCGUUUGCUCUUGUCGAGCAAGCCCUAGUUUUGGACUUCAACUCAACUCAAAUAAAAUGCUUAUUAUUAUUAAAACAACUUAAAACCUUCGUGUUUCAGGACAAAAUAGGAGACAUAAUUUCGUCCUACAUCCUGAAGACUAUCGUUUUCUGGGUGAUAGAGGAAUCCCCUCCCGACCUCUGGGUUCCAAAUCGACUUCUCCAAACAGUCAAGAUGUGUUUAAACAGGAUUAUUUCCUGUAUACAAGAGGACUUCUGUCCAAACUAUUUCAUCCGCACGUGUAAUCUAUUGACGAAGAGGUACACCGCUACAGAAAAACAGACUGUACUUAAAGUAUGUAUUUUCACUAGAGUGAACACACGAGUUUUAUUGUGUGAAACAACGCCAUUCAGUGACGAAUUUAGGUCGCGAUACAUGGAGGAGGUAGCAUUAGAUACUAAAGACUUGGACAUAGUGUUACCGUUAGGAACACGCCUCUUUUCAAUACAAAUGAAGAUACUGUGUGAAGAGGUGAGUAGUUUCAUUAGAGUACCAUUGUCAUGUCAGCAAACAUUACAAAAAGCUAUAGAAUAUUGUGGCAAAACAUGUGUCGAAAUAAAGAAUAUAUCCUCAAAACAUGACAUUCCCCUGCAAGAAGUGCGAUGUCUUACAACGGAAAUUGAACUGAUUCGUAACCGCUUGCUGUGGAUGAAUACGAAUCUAAGUUCAGAAUGCAAGCCACGGUAUAAAGACACGAUAUUGCCAGCGUGCAGAUUCAGUCGGAUAGAGGAUUUAAUGGAACAUGUCAUUAUUUGUCACCUGAACGUCGUUGUUGGUAACAUUAUUACCAGCAACGAAAUAUUAAGAUCGCUUAUUUCACAAAUGAAACAAUUGCCAUACGGUCGUUUACAGUUACCAGUUGAUUCUAUCCUAACCACAAACAAUCCAUUAGGUCUAUCAAAUUUCAUUAUGGAGUUUGCAAAUUCGGUUCUAAAUGGGUCAGAUUCGUAUGUGCCAUUUUUGUCAGACAUCGUGUUCCUACGAUUUGAAAGAGACAUUUUGCCACAGCCUUUACAAUUGGAAUUGUGCUCGCGUCAAAGUCAAAGCGACCUUAAUGACGUUACUGUUGGCAUGCGGGAUACGGUGGCUGUUGAUCCUCUCGUGUACGCGUGUUUUCUUCGGUUCUGGUGUUGUUUGAAGUUAGAUCAGAACAUAGAACAGCUGAAGGCACGUGACGAUAUGGUGUGGUGCUGCAGUCUUCCUGGCAUCACCAAUAAGGCUGUGGCAUUCAAUCUACUUGGGUACUGUCACCAACGCCUGGAGGAAUAUGAGGACGCUUUCAGGGCUUUUUAUACGGCGUGGAAGCAGGUCCCCCGAAGUGAAGCGACCGAGGUUCACAUUUUCGCCUUAGUGUACAGUACUAUCAGGAGAGAGUUAAACGAGACAUGUCCAGACUGA